GUUGAUCUGGUAAACAUUGGAGGGACCGACAUUGUUGAUGGAAACCACAAACUGACAUUAGGUCUCAUCUGGAGCAUUAUUCUUCACUGGCAGGUGAAAGACAUCAUGAAGGACAUCAUGUCCAACCUGCAGCAGACUAACAGCGAGAAGAUCCUGCUGAGUUGGGUACGGCAAUGCACACGCUCGUACCCGGAAGUCAACGUGCUGAAUUUCACCACCAGCUGGUCUGACGGAUUGGCCCUGAACGCAAUCCUCCACCAUUUCAGGCCAGGUGCGUUUAGCUGGGAUCAGGUGGUCAAAAUGAGCCCUGUGGAGAGACUCGACCAUGCUUUCACCUUUGCCAAAAACCAGCUAGCUAUAGAGAGACUCCUGGACCCUGAAGAUGUGGCGGUGCAGUUACCAGAUAAGAAGUCCAUAAUCAUGUACGUUACUUCGCUGUUCGCCGUGCUACCCAAGGAUGUGAGCAUGGAGGCUAUCAGAGAGGUAGAGACACUGCCUCGCAAAUACAAAGUAGGAGCUGAAGGGUCGAGUCCAGGAGUCAGUAUGCAGGUAAAGUAUAAAUGUUUUAUCUCAGUUUUUCCAGCCGUAUGUUUUAAUCUGGGUUCUAAUCCAACAAAGUUCUAUUAAUAACCUGCAGUAAUUGCAUCCCUCUAUACUUUGUUUUAC